UCUUGUUUCCCUGACAUUCAGUGAAACUGCUUGUUGUAACUUGUCCACAUCAUGAGACUGAAAUAUUCCCUAAAGAUGCACAGUCAAAAAGUGUUUGAUGCUGAUGAAGUGUUUUUCCACCUUUCCCUUUUCCCGAGUCACCACAAGAUGCUUAGUGAGAGAGAGAGCGAGACGGCAGAGAGAAAAAAAAACAAAAAGUCCAGACACCAUGUGAAACCGAAAGCAAGAACAUGAGAAUAUAUAGUGUUUGUGAGUGCCAGUAAAGCAUGAAAUUAUCUUGCUGCGAGUGGCACUACUCCACUACUCACUACUCCUCCAAGAUGGCUGUUUGGAAAGCCCUCUUCCUCGUCUUUUGUAUACUGGACUGCAUGGAGCAAUCCGCCUCAUUACCAGUUGCUCAGACUAAUUCCCUGUAUCUUAAUUGCUUCAAGCACACAAGGUCCACUCGAACUCGUGUGCAACAGCUGCUAGGGAAAUAUAAGGAGCAGCAGCUGGGAAACGGGCAGUUUGAGGACAGAAGCCGACACUUGAAGGACCUGCCCUCACUUUCCACAGAAUUCUAUCGGUGGAUUAAUCUGACGGAGUGGGAACGACUGCAUGCCGCUUUCUGGGACAUGAAAACCUACUGGAAUAUGCUGGAGUGGAAGAGAAUACAGCUGGAGAACGAGGAGAAAGAUCAGAAGAUGGUGCAGGAUGCUCGGACAACUCUAACUCAGAACAUCAGACACAUUCAGCUGGACUUGCGGGACCUGAUUAGCCAAGUUAGCACUCAGAUGAGCUCUUUGAGAAGCUCUUGGAAAAGGCCAGCAGCUGCUUUGGCACAAACACGCCUGAACCCAGCAAGCAGGUCCAGGACAGUAUGGGACAGCCGAGUGGAAGGUUACAUCAUCCUGAGGGAUCUGGACCUUUACCUCACCAAGCUGGCAAGAGACUUUCUUUUACUGGCUACGAAAAUACAGUCAUGACUCAAAACUGAAAAAAAGACAACACACACACACACAUGCGCACAAAGUCAAAGAGAAAAAAGGAAGAAAUAGUUGAACUGACUCUCAGCACUUUGAUCAAACUGGAAAGAUUGUGAUAGUUUUCAUUCAAGUGUUUUUAUUAACAUUUUGCGAGGGGCUCUGAUUAUUGCGAGUCUGCUUUUUAUUCCUUCUCAUUUUAAGGGCUUUCUUGGGUAUUUCCCAGAGUUUCUGUCUCACCUCUGACUGUAAGUUAGACAUGAGCUUUCAGAACGGCGAG